AUGGUUUAUCGAGCUAUUGAUGAGAAAAUCGACCUGGUUAGGUUUUUGCAGGCAUAUGAGAGUGUGCUUGCUGCUUUUGGGGUGGACAGUGAGGAUAAUGAGGGAUGGGAUGGAGAGGAAGAGGAAAGUCUGGAAAUGGGAAGAGAAAAGGUGGAGGUAGCGGAAAAGAUCGUCUAUAAGUUGUUUUGGAAUGAUAAGGGCUGUGCGAGAGAAUCGGGAAGGAAAAGUGUGCCUUUAGCUCGAGCCAAAGAGGAUAACCCCGUGCCGAAUAAGAACACCUCGCGAGGACUAAAGGUUACGGCUUCUGAGAUGGAUACUAUCAGUACGAUUGUGGAUGAAGCGUGGGAAGGUCUCCGUGUUUCUGAAGUACCCGCCGCCAUCGAUAAUGUUCUCGAAAAAGAUGAGUUAAAUUCAACAGUUACGGCGAUGAAGGAGUCAGAUGAGGUUGAUGAAAUGAUAACUGAAGAUCUUACAAAUGAUAUUGUUGAGGAGGAUGUUUGUAUCGCUGCAGAACCAGAGAUCAAUUUGAGUACCAAGAAAAUUGAGAUCAUCUCUACAGUCACAGAAGUGGUUGGAGUCCCGGAUGAUAUCAAUACAUCGGUGGUAGAAAUGGUUACAAGUGGAAGUUUGAAUGGAGGUCCUUAUUUUACCACAGGCUGUGUAGCCAACACCAUUGAUGAGAAGGAUCAAACAUUCUCUACCAUUUCGAAUGUGGCGGAGGUACCGAGAAGUUUUCGGCUCGCAAUUAGAUCUAAGUCUACUAGCGAAGCUACCAAUGGAGAUUCAUCUAUUGCUGCCCCGGUCGAUUCAGAAGUAGGUACCGCUACAGAGACUCUGUACGAAGAGAUUAUGAAAAAUCCAAAGACCUUAAUGCUCGGACGAUGGGGACGCCACAGGUAUACUCAAUGGGUACAAGAAAAUGACAAAGCAAAAGAAGCCCAAGACGAAGAUGUAAAAAGAGAAAUCUUUCGUCUCAUAGAACUAAAACACAAGCUACUGCCUCUCGAAUGGGGAAGACUACCAUAUACCUAUCCCAUAGCAUCAUCGACUCGAAAUCAUAGCGACUCUUAUACUAUAAUGCUGUGGGGAUUUGAUCCCAUUCAAAGAACGGAAGAACUUCUCAAUGUCAGAUUUCAAUGCACAUUUGAAGAAGGAAUUCUCGAAGCUAUCACAGUAGAGCCAAUGGAUCUUGAUGAAUUUGCUGCAGACAAAAUCAAAGGUCAUAAGACACUUAAAAAUGCAUUUACGUUUCUUGGAUUCUGGGAUUGGGCGGUUCGACAAAAUAUGUACUCUUCCAAUCGAAAAGUUCAACCUAUGCACCAGCUCUGUUUACAAUGGAUUGAUCCAAAUAAUGUUUUUCGCAAAGCGUAUUUGCAGAAGACUGAAAAAAGACCAAAUUCAAAUUCUUCGGAAAGGGUUAGGAGGGAGCGUGAACUUAGUAUGGGGAGGAAUUGUGGGAGCUGGAGAGAGAAACACACGGUUAGUGGUGCGAGUUAUGUUGGGGGAAAGAAACGUAGCGGGAGUAGUGGUUGGAGUAGAGGGAAGAAAAGAACGGCUAGUGGAAAUAGCUGUAAGGAGGGGAAGGAAAGGAAUGAUCGAAAGGAUGAUAAUUCGAAUGAGAGACUGAGAAAGGUCAAACGGAGAACUGCGGCCGAGAUGAUGGAUGCUUAA